CUUGUACCAUGGAUUAGAGACCCGUUCGUUAUGUCAAUCGUGUUUUUGUCUCUAUUAUAUCGGUUCCAUGUCCUGUACUUGAAUGCGCUUCGUUUCAAGUUGCGGGUCGUUCUGAACUGUUCACUUCGGUAUAUCGUCUAAGUACGUACUACGGUCAGAGUGAGUGUACAGUACAGGUCGAGUAAUCGAGUUUCGGGAAGCACGUGUUACCAUCGACCAAGUUGUCCAUGCCUUCUUCCAGCAGCUGGACGGAUGCCAUGGUUGGCCAUCGAGUGUUUUGCACGUUUGGCGACUGCCCCUGUGGCAAUGCCCCUUUCGAUGCCACGUAUUUGUGGGAGUGCCUCGAUGGAGCCCCUCCGUCCACACAUCUUGUGAGUUUGGGCCAUCGGUGCUUUCUACAGUGUUGUGCGGCACCGAAGGACGUGACGACCUCGCGCUGCACGUGCAACCUAGUCAUGCGCGUGGCUGGGCGGUUUACCGAGGACGAACGGGCUGGAUUUUCAUGUUACUCCCGCGUCGAACUAGCCCAGCAGCGUGGCCUGGAAAUCGGUCAAGAUGCAUCGGCUACACUAAACAAAGACGUGUUGGUGACCACAAGAGGACGUCAAGUGCGGACAUUCGGCGCGUUAGCUGAACCUCCUUUAUCGGAAUGUUUAUUCGACGUGGACGUGGCCGCAGUAGCGUCUCGAUUUGUUCUGGACCAGUGCAAGAGCGACAAUUUGUUCGUUUUCAAAUCGUAUCUAGUGCUGGGGGGUGCGAUUGUGGGGUGGGCCCAGUCAUCUCCAUUUACCAUCGCCAUCAAAGCUCCAAUUGCGGUGAAACCACCCUUGUCCAUGUCGAUUCCUGCCCCCCUCCUCGAGUUCAUUGCGAUCUGCGACUGCUCCAGUCCACAUUUCUCGCCCGACUAUUUUAGAAUGAACAAAGCGUUUGGGCGCAAAGAACUGCGCUGCUUCCCGCACUGUUGCCCUCACCACAUGCCGUACAACAGCUGCAACGUACCACUGCAUGUCCGCCUCGUCUUUGGCAACCCCCGCUUGUGUAUCGUCGCUGCACGAGUGGAAUUGGCGAUAUCGACUUUGAAACUCGGCGACAGCGUGGCCAUGGAUGCCUUAGAUCACGAUUCGAACUGGAUUACUGGAACGACGCAGGUAGCUGGGUGGCUGGCUACAAUUGAGAUACAAAAAAAUACUGAAAAGUCAGCCCUCGUUGGAUGUAUUCGUCAUUCGUUCUGUCGAGUAGAACGACGAAAAUGAAGUCGUGUAUUCAUUUCAAGCGUCGCAGCAACUCGGUGACCGACAGGUUGUCAUGGGAUGGCCCUAUUCAUGGACAUCGACAGCGUCGCAUACAAGUCGAGAGCAAUUGCAUGUGUGGACAGCGUAUGCGUUCGAGCACCAAAGUACACCCAACGCCCUGCGUGUUGUAGCGGUGUGGACGUCCCCCGCGUUUUCUGUUGGCUCGUAUCGCCGUCGGCGUAUAACCGACAGCUAAAACUUUGUUAACCGUAUAGCGUUAAUGUACCUUUUCCUUCGCA